CUUUGGACUUUUAUUGAAAGCUAGUUCGAUUUCAUGAGCAAAACGAAACCAAACUCAAAAGGACUUGAACGGAAGUAACCCAAAUGAAUUAUAAUCCCUUUCCACCCGAUUGGUUGUCUGGAACAGAACAGAUCAGAGAUCAGAGUUAAAACAAAAUCAAGUGCAGAGGGGUAUGGCAGAUAACGGAGAACAUAACACCAGUAUGAAAGAGAAAGAAAGGGACAUGCUGGAGAGGAACCGAAGGACGCUGGCGAGGGACAUAUCCGAGUCAUCACUCCGAGGAAUACUUACUCUUUUUCGCUCUGAAGAUAUUUUUACAGUAAACGAUUGUGAUACAGUGGUCAGUGAACAGAUUCAGUCUGUCAAGGCCGAGAAAAUGUUAGACCUACUGAUGACCAAGGGUUCGGCGGCUUUGCACGUAUUUAAAAAUGGUCUUAGAGAUGCCAAACUACCAUUUUUGGCGGACCUUCUCGAAGACGUCGAGGAUGAGGAUGAACGAGAGAACUCAAAAUCUUCCAUUGGUAACAACAUUCCUCGGCAGCCGAUGUCCGAUGAUCUCUUUGUGGGUCGGUCAGGCGAAAUGCAGACACUUGAGCGGAAUAUGACAGAAAAUACAGCUGGCUGUUUGGUGCCCAUAUCAGCCAUGCCAGGAUGCGGAAAAGCGUGUCUUGCUGCCCAAUAUGCCUGGAAACACGACAAGUGGUAUAAGGACGGGAUAUUUUGGAUAUAUUCAGCCUCGGAAGAAAUACUAGAAGAAGAGUUUGCAAAACUUUAUGAUGUUAUCAAGCAGGGUAAGGGGUUUGCCAAGGAGAAAGAAGACAUUAAAAAGAAAAGGAUUCAAGAAGUGAAGAGGUGGCUGAAAGAUAAAACGAAGUGGCUGAUGGUUUUCGACAGCGCUGAUGAUGACAGUAUCCUGCGAAGUAUUUCCAAAAAUUAUCUCCCAAAGAAAUUCUUCGGCCAUGUUAUUAUCACCACGCGAAUUGAAAUCGUUCAACUCCGCCGACUUGUGCAGUAUAAGGACACGGUGCACCUGCAGAGGUUAAGCACAGACGAUUCCAUCAUGUUCUUAACCAGAUACACGGACAGAAAAGAGCAGUCCGAGGAGGAGACAACAGCUAUGAAGGAUGUCGUUAAUAACAUAGCAGGAGGGCUUCCCUUAGCCCUUGCUGAAAUGGCUGCCUACGUGAAUGAAAAAAACUACACCUUUAAACAGUACUGGGAAACCUGGAAGAAGCUCAAGGAUGAUCCGACCCACUUCAAACGGCUUUUGACCCAAGUUGAAGAUGACAAAGCAAUUUCAACCGUCUUUAAUGCAAGUUUCCGGUACAUCGCGGAGAGGUUUCCAUCUGGGCAUUACGCUCUCCAAACAGCGGCGUUUUGUAACGCUGGUACCAACAUCCCCUUGAAACUGUUCAUUCUGGGCCAAGAUCAGCUUCAAGAUGAUAUCCCAGAGGAGGAACGAUUAAAACGUAUGUUAAAAGAUUCCGACGAACAAGAUAUCAACCUCCGCGAUUUGGUGUCAGCAAUAAGAAAACAUCAGCUGAUAUCUGUGCAAGACGAUGAUGAUCUCCACAACCUGACCUUUGUUUGGAACCCAUUUGUUCAAGAUCAGAUGAGAGAGUCAAUGAGUGAUGAAAAUAAAAUGAAGUGCUUGCGCACCCUUACCCGGAUGAUGACGGCCAUAUACCAGCAUGGAGAACACGACCACAUGGACGUGCAGACGAUGCUUCUCCCACACGCAAAAGCUUGUGUCGCCUACCUUGAGACUAUGGGCAUUGAUCAUGAUGGCGAAGAAAGUGCAAAUUUCAUCAGCUUGCAAUUACAUAUUGGUGCCUGCUAUUCCAGAGUGAAUAAAUUUGAAGACGCCGACAAAUGCUUUCAAAAAUGCAGAGAGCUUCUCUCCGAUCUCGAGAAGAAAAUACCAAAUAACCUAGAGGCAUCAUUGACUCUUGAACGCGGAAUACUCGAGCGAAGAAAGGGUUGUGAAAUUCUGGCCAUAGAUUUGUUGGAGUCUAGCUACGGAAUGCACAAACAGCUUGAACAAACCAGUCUCAAGGUAAAGUUGGCCACGGCAGAGGCAUUAGAAGCAUUAAUAUUUGCCUAUGUGGACUGUGGAAAUUUUGUUGAGUUAGAACGAAAACAGUACGUCUCACAGCUAGAAGACACCUUGAAGAUAAUUUCCUUCAAUGACAACAUCAAUUGUAAUUUGAUAGCACAUCUUUACGGAACGCUUGGGCGGUAUUAUCAGAGUAAUCACGCUAAGAAGAAUUUUGACCGGGCAUUGGAAUACUACAGCAGAGCGUGUGAGAAGAACAAAGGCUCCUAUCGCAAGCCCAUAUACAACACUUGUGUGGCGGAGCUUAUGUUUCUCACGGCAGACCCAAGUGAUACCAGAACCAUCAUGGAAGCCAAAGAACGCUGCUUGGAAUCCAAAAAGAUGUUGGACGAAUGGAACGCUCCGAAGCACAGAUAUCACGCGUGGAAUGCGGUCAUUCUGGCUGAAAUACAACUGGCACUGGGCUAUUUGAAGGCAGCGUUGGAGACCAUAAAAGAAGGGGAAGAACUUCACGAGCAGGUCUAUGCUGGGAGCUGUAACCUGGAGCUUGCUAAACACUUCCGCAUUAAAGGUCACAUAUUGAAAACGAUGGCCAAAGACGCAUCUGAAGUUGCAGAAUCUAUGUACCUGAAGUACAAGUACACAAAGGAAGAAAUAGAAGAAGAAGAAACUAGAUUGGACAAAUUUGUUCAGAAACGCUCGAAAGGAAAUGAGAAGGUCGUGAUUGUAGACAAGUAAGAAAGAUAAAAUAAAAAACGUUUGUAGAGCUAGGCUGCAUAUUCUAACCAAAUAUUGCACAGUAGGUUGCAAGUUAUUUUAUAAAAGAGUUUCACACGAAAUGAAUUUGAGUUUUAAACACAUUUUUUCAAUGCUGUGAAUGUCUAUAGACAUUUGUUAUUACUGUUGUUGUUAUCGCAUCUUAGUCUGAAGUGCAUUUCUUAAAAGAUACAUAUAAGUACUGUAUAUUUAUCACAUCCAACUAGGUUCAAUUGAGACAAAGUUACGAAUUCAAAGGUAAUUUUAAAUGAUAAAUAGAAUUAGUAGGGUCAGUUGUGAGUGUGUGUGUAUUCUAACCAAUAUGUUACAAAUAAAAAUGAAAAAGCAUUAAUGGUAAGUAAAGUUCAUUUAAAUGUGGCAUUUACUGUAGAUACAUUUACUGUAUAUAGUGUGUUAUCUAGUGGUCGGUGGAAUGGAUGGUAUCAUGUUGUAGAGUAAAUAAUUGCCCACAAGCUUUAGGGAGAAAAUAGUUGAAUAGUUUAUAAAUGAUACAGACCUUGAAUAAAGUGGACAAAUAAUGUGCAUAGAAAAUGUUAAGUUGGUAAAUAAAGAUAGAAUAGUACAACAAAGACGUCUGGCCAUUUUGUUGGAGAACAACGUUAAAGUUGAAAAAUAUAUAGCAACCAUGGAAAUGCUUGUAGAAGUGUUAGCUAAGAUAAAUGAUAUGAUUUAAUACGACUGUUUCAUUGCAAAGGUUAUUGUUAAUGAAAUUAUGUUUCAGAUAAUAAGCAGUGAAUAAUAUGGCUUGCCUGUAAAAUAAAUUUGCACAGCUAAGACGUUUUGAUCAAGGA